UUCGACAGGUUGCGAGCGGGUUUCUCGCGCGUUUUUGCGUCUUUUUUUUAUCGUGUGUGUUUGUUGUGGGUGUUUGGCGUGCUGCUACCAAUGUUGUUGCUGUUCUAGUGCGGCGCGCGUCUUUAUUGACGAAAAAGAAAAAGGAAUAAGUGAAUUAUUUAAGCCUAAACAGUGUCUUCAAACAAAAUCAAUCGACUACGACAAAACGCAAAUACAACAAAUUCCAAACACAGGUUGGUUUUCAGGCUGGACCUGAAUCAAGAGGGAAAUCCAUUUAAUCCAUUGACUGUGGGAGGAAACUUUAUAAAUAAAUAAAUACAAAAAAAGAAAAAAAGCAAAGCCGCAGUGAGGAAAUCAAAGUAGGAACCACACCAUCAACAACACCAAACUCAUUGGGAGCAGUCAUCGCAAGAUCACAGAACGGGACGCAUCAUGACUUUCUACUGGUGGUCACACUGGUUCUGGAUAACCCUAGUCCUGAUUGUUGGCCUGCUGUGCCGCCAUGUCCAUACAUAUCCCAGCCAGGAUGGUGAAUCUCUGGCCUCCAGUACCCAGCCCGUGCGCACCACCAAGCUGUAUCAGACAACCGUGAGCCAGACGUGGGCCACAGCCACCCAGAGCAACAUUAUGGAUCUGACCCACCGACCCACCACCAAUCGUCCGGUUACUCCAAGUGUUACCCAGGCCCAGGAGCUGUCCGAGUUGGGCGAUGUGACAAUGUCGCAGUAUGAUGAUGAGGAGGAGGAGGAGGCGGCGGAAGAGGAUCGAAUGCUGUUAAAUUAUCAGGAACAGGGUCCGGAACAGAAUCAGAAACCGGAUACGGAGGCCGAUCCAGAUACGGAUCCAGAUCCGGAUGUGGAUGCAGAGGAAGCUGCAAUAAAUGAGAAACUGGCUCAGUUCGAGUUCAAGCGAUCGGCGGACUUCACCUCCGAGCAGCUAAACAACUUUACGAAUUUUAGCAGUAGCACUAGUACAAAUGGCAGCAUCAGCAACACCACAAAACCAGUCCCAAUUAGCAGCAUCAAUCCGCCAGCACCGAGAGCAACCACAACAAAGACAGUGCCAGCGGUAGCCACAUCAACCACAACAGCAGCAUCGCGAACCUCACCGCCUGCCAAGAGCGGUACGGCUGCUCCUGCUCCUGCUGCUGCUGCUGCUGCUGCUACUCCAUCGACGUCGACACCAUUGGGUUCAGCGGCAGCUACUCCGUCCACGCCGAAAAUCAACACAGAGUGGCUGUCCGACGAACUGCUGGCUGGAGCCAGUGCAGGUCUAGCGGAUGGCGAGAAGGCACCUUUCACACUUGAAAAUGCCAACAAGGAGGACGAAUUACGGCGGGCAGAGAGCGAGCAUAGGUCGCGCAAAUCCAAGGUCCUAUCGGCGGAGUACAAGCACAUAAAUCGCUACAUUAACUUCUCCAGCGACACCAAGAGCCUGCUAACCAGAUCAGCAUCCGCGGCGCCCAGCGUUUCGGGGGAUGGGGCUGGUCUCUACGAUGCAACUGCUGCCGCUGGCGAUGAGGGUAACAUUUCAUCCGAGGCGCUGGCCAUACAGCGAACAUAUUUCCUAGAUGCAGGCGCCAUUUCGGCAAUCUGUUUCACUGUCUUUGGCGUUUGCUGUACAGUGGGCACCAUUGGUAUCGUUCUGUACCGGCGACGAUAUGUGAAUAAACCGCAGGCGCUUAGCGAACCGGAUUCGAGUGUCUAUAUUGAUGACAGCACCAUGCGGGUGAGUGACAAUUCGGAUGAGAUGUACAGCCUGGACAACGACUCGUUCUUGAACUCGCUGGAGGCGAUGACAAUACAGAACUAUUGGACGGAUACUGUCAAACAUACAAAGCUUUAAUUUCCGGCCUCUCCCGUUGGAAGUCCCAUUACUCCUUAUUAUUUAUUGAUUUAAUCUUUUUCUCUUCGGCUUUAGUUAUAUUUUUUGUAUUUUGUUUCCAUCUUUUUAACCAGACAUCAUUAUUAGGAAUUAUUAAGUAGCAUCGUAGCAUUUAAGCGUGUGUGUAUGUAUGUGUAUUUACUAAUGAUAGGCAACCAAGAAAAAAUGAGAACAAAAAACAAUGAAAAAAAAGCAACUAAGUAGUUUAAGCCCAAACUACCAAAAUUACGUUUAGUGUAUGUUUAGAUCCUAAGUGCAGAUUGUUUUCCCCCCAUUUCCCACACACACACACACCCCCUUUCCCAGCUCUCUGAUUAACCAGUACUACUCACACGUGUCUGUUAGUUAAUUAUUAUAAAGCUUUAUUUAUAUAUUGUUGACUAUUUUAUCCCACUCACUCUCUGACUUCCCGAUUUCACCUCUAAUUUUAAAGUCCCUAUUUAUUAAGUUUGUGAACAUUGUGUCCAACAAUUAACUGCAAUCAUUCCUUCCAGUUUUAGCCUAUAGAGCAACUUUACAAUGUAACUACUACUGUAUUAAAGGAGACACAAAACAAAAGAAAAACUUAAAACAAAACAAAACAAA